GUCACGCUGGUGCAGAUGCUCAAGGAGCUCAAGGACCAAGGCCGUCAAGGGGCGCAGCAGUGGGGAGUCGCUGCAGCCCGGUCGGCUGCCGCCCUGAACCAGCUCACGGAGAUCCUCAAGCACAUCAUGCAGGCGACCGUCCAAAUCCACCAACAUGGCUCCACCACCUUCCUCGAAAGCGGCGACGUUGCCAGGUACACCGAGAGGUCGUGGUCCCGUGCUGGCUCGAUGUUGGCGGUGUCACAACUGCCUGAUCAGAAGCGAGAAGCCAACAAGCAGACUGCCCUGCCUGGAGCCAUCAAAAAACGCCGUAGCAAA